CAUAUGAUCUGGACUCCACUUCCUUAAACACUGAAGCCCAACGUGUAGUGGAACACACAGAGACAGACACAGACCCUCCCCCCUGAAGAAGAGCGGCGGCGGCAGCAAGAGCAGCAGCAGCAGCAGGAGGUGGACGAGGAAGCAGCGAAACUGACUCAUUUCUCCGGUAGUUGUACGAACAUGGAGCCUGACCCGGCCCGGUACUGCGGCCUUCUCUUGACCGAGGUAGCUUUGAGGAGAAGCGGAUACCGAGCGACUACACGCCGGCCGCGGCGGCUCGGGGGAAACCCCGUGGCCCUCACUGUCCUCGCGCUGCUGACGGUGCUGUUCACCUGCUGCGUCAGGUGUGUGGAGAGUGUCAAACCCAGCAACAUUGUGCUGAUCCUCGCCGACGACCAGGAUGUUUACCUGGGGGGAAUGACUCCUAUGACCAAAACGAAAACCUUACUAGGAGAAGCAGGAGCAACAUUUGUCAAUUCUUUCACAGUCACGCCACUGUGCUGCCCCAGCAGGAGUAGCAUUUUGACUGGUCGGUACCCCCACAAUCACGAGGUGAGGAACAACUCCCUGUCCGGGAACUGCUCCAGCACGCUGUGGCAGAAAGGUCCUGAGACUGAGGCCCUCCCUGUUUACCUGAGCAAACAGAAAUACCAGACCUUCUUCGCUGGGAAAUAUCUCAACCAGUAUGGUAAGAAAGAAGCAGGAGAUGUGACUCAUAUUCCACCUGGCUGGGACCAAUGGCAUGCAUUGGUGGGAAACUCACAAUAUUACAACUACACCCUGUCUGUCAACGGCGUAGAAGAAAAGCACGGCGACAGCUAUGAGAUGGACUAUCUCACUGACCUCAUAGCGAACCGCUCCCUUAAAUUUCUGGAUGACAGGAGCCCGCAGCAUCCCUUCUUCUUGAUGUUGUCUACUCCAGCUCCUCACUCCCCAUGGACGGCAGCACCUCAGUACCAGAAAAAGUUUAGUGAUGUUCAAGCUCCUCGAGAUGGGAGCUUUGACAAACUAGGAAAGGACAAACACUGGCUGCUCCGUCAACCCAUCAACCCCAUGCCAAAUUCCUCACUGACCUUCCUGGAUAAUGCAUACAGGCAAAGGUGGCAGACCCUGUUAUCUGUGGACGACAUGGUGGAGAAGCUGGUCAAGAAACUUGACAGUUUAAAGGAACUGGACAACACCUACAUCUUUUACACCUCAGACAACGGCUACCACACAGGUCAGUUCUCUCUGCCUAUCGAUAAGCGGCAGCUGUAUGAAUUUGACAUCAAGACUCCUCUUUUGGUCCGUGGACCUGGCAUCAAACCAAACCAGACCCUGAAGGCGUCGGUUUUGAAUAUUGACCUGGCUCCAACCAUACUGGACAUAUCUGGGCUCAACUUGUCUUCUGUGAAUAUGGAUGGACAGUCUUUCCUUGGGCAGAUGGCUCCUUCACUGCGUAAUGCCAGCACACGGCCCUUUUUCCUCAUCGAAUACACUGGAGAGGGACAUGAGACUACAGAUCCUGAUUGUCCCAAAUUAGGCCCUGGUCUAUCUGAAUGUUUCCCCGACUGUGUGUGUGAGGACGCCUUCAACAAUACGUACGCCUGUGUCAGGACCAUCAGCGGUGACCAAGACCUACAGUACUGCGAGUUUGCGGACAAUGAGUCGUUCGUAGAAGUGUACAACCUGUCGUCAGACCCCCACCAGCUGGAGAACAUUGUGAAGAAGGUGGAUCCGGCCAUCCUGCAGACCAUGAACCAGCGACUCAUCCAGCUCCAGUCCUGCGUAGGUGACAGCUGCCGUGGCAUCAAGUAACAGGGGGCCGGCCCUCAGAGCGUUCUCAUACUGUUUACUCCCGGGAAGCUGCCAAAUAUACACCACCUCUUGCCCAAUCACACCACUUUUUUCCCAGCAGCUCUAUCCAGGAGGUUUUGGAUGGUUGGUGUUUCCCUGUGAACCAACCUGUGUUUCCACCACUUUUAAGCAGAAUCGUUAAUAAUAAUAAUUAGUGGAGGGAGCUUCACGUAGAGAAGACGGCGAAUAACUUUGAUUACCUGUGAGUGUUUGUAUCGUCAUGACGGAUGCUGUAUUCUUCAGCAAGUGUUUUUUUUUUUCUACUUCUGAUCUUCACCGUUGCCUUCUUCAUCCUCUGUUUUACAACCAGUCGCUGAUAUUGUUGCAGCUUUUUCAUCGAAAACCUGAUUUGAACACGUUUUUAAAUGCAAACCAUUUUUUUCCCAGGCUUUUAUUUUUGGUUGUUAUGUCUGUACACUUCAAAAUUUGAUUUGUGAACCUUUUAUCCAUGGUGGUGGAUAAAGUGGGAGCUACUUUUGUAAGUGUAAGUUUUUGUCCUAUGUGGAGAUUUACCCUGCGGUCACACCGAAUGUGGAUUCUCACAUCGCGUCGUGCUGCAAGAUCAUUUGUCUGUGCAUUCACGACGGCGAUCACAGGAGCAGUGAUAGACCGACUUCCUCGUGGACUCUUUUUUUCUUUUUCUUUUUUCUUUAAACGGUCUCUGUAGAGUCCUAGAUGUGAACACACACACACACACACACACACACACACACACACAGAUAUGUUGUUCCUCCAUCAUAAACCAACUGAGUCUGGCUUGCUGGCUGUCGUGUCGUGGAGGUGACAUUAGUCGAAGAAUCUUAAUGCCGAUUGGUUUUUUGUGUAAUUCAAAGUUUUCUGCAAAGUUGAAAGUUUGGCGAAAAAAGAAAAAAAGAUUUUACCGUGUUUAAAAUCACUGCACGAAAAAAUGGUGUGACCGCAGCAUUAGAGCCUCAUUCAACCAAAGGUGUGUCGCUACACUGUAGCAUAAUCAAUUCUUUAAGAGAAUAGUUUAACAUUUUUAAAAAAAUAAGCUCAUUUGUUUUCUUGUGGAGCGUCAGAUUAGAAGACUAACAACCACUCACGAUCACCCGAUCAGCCUAAACGGAUAGAACACACUUGGUGUAGAAAGUGCAAAGUUGGCUUAAUCCACCUGCCUCUGUCACUAAUACUCAUCAAUUUAAUUUAAUUCAAAGAUCCACUGUGAAAGGUUAGACUGCGGACAAUAACAAACUCUCCCAUCACUUUUCCAAGUGUCUUCACUUUACUACCGUUUUUUUGUGUAGUAAACUUCUGCCUCAAAUAAACUCUAAACUCUUUGUCCCCGUGGGCGGCCGUAGAAACAUGGCGGGCACAAGAUGACGGCGCCCACCCCGAAAAAGAACACGUGAAAGGCUUAUUUUAUUUACCUUACAGCAGUUAUGCACUUACGCAACAAUAAUUAUGUGCAGUAUAUUCAAUAAAUCCUCCUAAAUACACGGUGGACGUUUUCAUUGAAUCAGGUCGUAUUGGAUUUGUGUGUGUGUGUUUGUGUACUUGAAUAUACAACUUUGCGAGGACCAAAAAAACCCUGUAUAAAUCAGAGGAAGUGUGUGUGUGUGUGUGUACGGUCACAAAACUUGUCAAUUUUGUGAAAUGUAACAGAAUAAUAAUAUAAUCACAGAAAUGGACAUAAAAAAAUUAAUACAUGUUUAAAUUCAUUGCUUUUUAGCUUAUGGUGACUAGAACCAGGUUCCAGGUUCUUGUGCUGGAGGUUCUGAAGUCUAAUGCUAAGCUAACUAGCAGCUGCAUCUUUAUGCACAGAUGGAGGUAGUUUUGUUGAACUUCUAAUCUAACAUUUGGACAAGAUUUCACUUCAUGUCACACUAUUCCCGAAUUCUACAGCUAUUUGUUUGUUUUUUAUUGCUUUUUAAAAGAAUGGUGUUGUAAUUGUGCUCUUCAUUGUGUCUAAGUGGCCCUUUCAUUGAAUGUAGUGAAGACAGUUUUGACCUCUUUUGUGUCCAGGUAUUUCUUUACGUUUGUGCCUCUGAUUUUAGAAGGAACACCGCUUUUAAAAACUUUCAAAUCCAUUUGUUUCGUUUUUUUGUCUGGACAAUUCAACUGUGACGAUUUGAACAGAGUCUCGUGGAAGAUGAACAAAAGGAAGUGUUUUGUGAAGCAUUCAUAAAGGGAAGUUCCGUAUGGUCUCAUGUGCCUUUUCUUAUUUGCACUGACAAAACAGCAUGUGCCUCAACUGUGAAUGUAUUUGCACUGUGAUGGAAAAGAUUCAAAUUAAAGCGUUUAAUUGCACUCA